AUGGCAGAUACUGCUAUCUUCGACAAGAAAAAAUCCCAUCGCGCCAAACAUGCAGGACGGAAAGCAGAGAAGAAGAAAAAGAAAAACCAGGUUGAUCAAUCUAACCUAAGUGCGCGUCAGAGAAAUCCUAAAGCUUUUGCUAUCCAAUCAGUCGUGCGAGCUGAAAGACAGUUUCGUCGAAAGGAAGAUGUUAUCGCUAAGAAACAGCACAUCCCACAAGUAGACAAAACUCCCCUUGAGCCUCCUCCGAUUGUGGUCGCUAUUGUUGGCCCGCCGCGCGUCGGUAAAACCACACUCAUCAAUAAUUUGAUUAAAAGUUUUAUAAAAACUAAUGUUACCAACACAAAUGGCCCAAUAACUAUUGUCACAUCAAAAAAACGGCGCAUAACGUUAAUAGAGUGUAAUAACGACAUUAACUCCAUGAUUGAUAUUGCAAAGUGUGCUGAUCUCGUAUUACUGCUUUGUGAUGCAAGUUUUGGUUUUGAAAUGGAGAUAUUUGAAUUUCUAAAUAUAUGCCAAGUUCAUGGAAUGCCAAAAGUAAUGGGUGUGCUCACUCAUCUGGAUAUGAUAAAGAAUGCUAAGAAACUUAAAAUGACAAAGAAGACCCUAAAGCAUAGAUUUUGGACAGAAGUAUAUCAAGGAGCCAAAUUAUUCUAUUUAUCUGGUAUAAUUCAUGGGGAGUAUUUGCGCAAUGAAAUAAAGAACUUAUCCAGGUUUAUUUCAGUGAUGAAGUUUAGAGCUCUGAGUUGGCGCACAAGCCAUGCUUAUAUAUUGGCAGAUAGGAUGGAGGAUAUUACAAGUCAAGACAACAUCCGCAAGGACCCAAAAGUUUCCAGAGAUAUUGUUUUAUAUGGAUAUGUAAGAGGUGUUCCAUUGAUGAAAGAUUCAAUGGUUCAUGUUGCAGGUGUUGGUGACAUUAAAAUAAGUGACCUCUCAUACUUACCUGAUCCAUGCCCUCUACCAAGCAGUGAACGGAAACGACAUUUAAUGGAACGAGAAAGGCAAAUCUAUGCCCCAUUUUCUGGGGUAGGAGGAAUAGUUUAUGACAAAGAUGCAGUAUAUAUUGAACUGAAAGGUUCCCAUUCACAUAAAACAGAAGAUGAAGAGACAAAUGAAAAGAAAACACUGCUUAAAAAUGUUGUUGAUACUAAGGAGACUAUUGAUGAACAGAUGAAAGAGACUGGUUUUAAAUUGUUUAGUGGAGGUGCGGUUAUAUACCCUGAUAUGGUGAAGGAUGAUGAGUAUUUAAAGCAAAACAAAAAUAACGAUGAGAGUUCUGCAGAAUCUGAUGUUGAAACUGAUAGUGAAUCAGAAAAUGACAGUGGUAUUGACCAUACUGAGAAAUUACCUUGGGAUAAUAAUUUUGAUUCGGAAAAUGGUGAGGACGUAGAUGCAGAUGACAAGGAUAAUAUGAGCAAUAAAAAUGAACAAAGUUCAGAUGAAGAUGAUCAAAGUUCUGAUACUAAUGAAGAGUUUGGUGCAAAGUGGAAAGAAAAGCUAAGUGAGAGAGCUACUAUGGCAUAUUUUGACAGGCAAAAAACUUCAAAGAACAUUAUGAAACUGAUUUAUGGUGACUUUGAAGUUGGAAAUAAGGUGAAGGAUCAAAAUAAUGACCCAAGUGAAGAGAGCGAAGAAGAAAUUGGUGGUUUAUUUAAAAGAGUAACAAAUUCACAAAAACGUAAACAAAAACUAAAAGAUCAAUUAGAUACUGAUGAGUGUUCAUACUUUUAUGCUUUAAAUAAGCCUCUAAUUAAAGAUUGGACUAAUGAUGCCAAUAGACAGAUAUUGAUAAACAAUUUUGUAACUGGAAAGAGGUCUGCCGAUGAAGAUGCAGAGGAACUACUUAAAUUAGAUGAUGCAAGUGAUGGAGAUGAUGAAAUGUAUGGAGAUUUUGAAGAUUUAGAAACUGGUGAAAAACAUAAAGCAAAAGAGGCAGAGAAUGAUAACGAAGUAGGAUUGAAACGCAAGGCAGAACCCAUAAAAUCAGAGAUUCUGGACAAAAAAAUGAAAUUGAAAGCAAAGUUUGAUGCUGAAUACGAUAAUCCAGAUGAUCACAGAAUAAAAGGGGAUCACUCUUACUAUGAAAACCUUAAGGCGGAAGCUUUAAAACAGUCUGAAUUAAACAAAUCUGUUUUCGAAAACUUAGAUGAAGGUUUAAGGGUUGAAGUUGAAGGUUUUAGAUCAGGUUUAUACGUUAGAAUGCUAUUCAAAGGCAUGCCUUCGGAAUUUGUUACUAAUUUCGACGCAAGUUACCCAAUACUCAUUGGAUCAUUAAAUAUGGCUGAACAAAAUAUUGGUUUCGUGUCAUGCAAAGUGAAGAAGCACAGGUGGUAUAAGAGAAUCUUAAAAACAAAUGACCCCUUAAUUAUCUCUCUUGGUUGGCGUCGGUUCCAGACAUUGCCAAUAUAUUCUAAAAUCGAAGAUGAUUUAAAAUGUAGGUACUUGAAAUAUACCCCUGAACAUGUCACAUGUAACAUGCAUUUCUAUGGGCCCGUAACACCUCAGAAUACAGGUUUCUUGGCUUUACAGACAGUUACGAACAGCUCAACAGAAAUAAAGCAAUUAGGCUUUAGGAUUGCUGCAACAGGUAGUGUGAAUGAAAUAAAUAAAUCUACACAAAUUAUGAAGAAGUUGAAAUUAGUAGGAACCCCAUUGAAAAUUUACAAAAAAACUGCAUUUGUAAAGGACAUGUUUACGAGCACUCUAGAAGUAGCUAAGUUUGAGGGGGCCAGAAUAAAAACAGUAUCCGGAAUACGAGGCCAAAUAAAAAAGGCUCUGAAUAAACCAGAAGGCGCUUUUCGAGCUACAUUUGAAGACAAGAUACAAAUGAGUGAUAUAGUUUUUUGCCGAACAUGGUUUAAAGUAGAUGUGACUAAAUUUUAUGCACCCGUGGUCAAUCUACUACUUCCUUUAGGAAAUAAAAAUGCAUGGCUAGGGAUGAAAACGAAGGGACAGUUAAAACGAGAGAAUAACAUAAGAAAUGAGGCUAACACUGACUCUAUGUAUACAGAAAUUGUGAGACAACCUAAAGUCUUUAAACCACUCGUAAUUCCGAAACAACUACAAAAAGGUUUACCUUAUAAAUUGAAGCCUAAGAAUAAUAGAAUAUCUACGACUAAUAAGAAGGGAAAACACGAGGGACGGAUAGCAGUUGUCAAGAGCCAAUAUGAGCAAAAGGUAUCUAAGGUAAUGAAGAUGGUUAGGACAAACUACAACAAAAAGAAAAAGGAUCAAAGAGUAGCGGCUCAGGAAAGAACUAGCAAAUUUAAGAGACAACAAGAGGAGGACGAGUGGAGAAAAUUAAAACGACAAAAAGAGUUAAAAAAGAAGAUUUGUAGACAAUUAAGUAAAAUGUCCAGCAAGAAAAAACCUCAAAUGUAA